AUGGGCCACCAGGGCCUCAUGCCUCCAACAGCCCCCCGCAGCCCUGCUGCUUCAGAAGCUGGGGGCCCCCCAGGGGGCCCCCAGGGCCCCUCCUGGGGGGCCCCCCCUUUGGGGGCCCCCCUGCUAGUGGGUGGGGCGUCAGGCAGCAGUUUUGCUGCUGCUGCGGGGGCGGAGGAGCGUCCUGGAAGCAGCAGCAGCAGCGCAGCAGCAGCAGCAGCAGCAGCAGCAGCGGCGGCGGCGGACGCAGCAGCGGCGAAGGCAGCAGCAGCAGCAGAGGCUGCAGCAGCAGCAGCGGUGCCUGUGGAGGAGAUUCUCGCGCGCGUGGGCGCGUCCCAGCAGCAGCAGCAGCAGCAGGAGCAGCAGCAGCAGGAGCAGCAGCGCGAGCGCGUGGCUGCAGCCAGCAGCAGCUGGCGGCUGCUGCUGCAGCAAAACGCGCUGCUGCAGCGGGCAGCGCUGCUGCCGCCGCCGCGCCUGCUGCAGCAGCAGCAGCAGCAGCAGCAGCAGCAGCAGCAGCAAGUGGCAGAAGGUGCUGUGGAGGAAGCAGCAGCAAUCGGACAACUACGUGGACUCUUCUUUCUUGGGAAGUUUGUCUCGAAAUGA